CACCAUUUGCAAAAGUGCUAGCGAGCACGGUACAAAUGUGACAAAUUUAACGCCGAUUUUUCAUUCAUUCAGAAAAGAAGAACUAAUUAUUGGAUGUUCUAACACAUAUUCAGUGUAAUUGACAGUGAUUUAACACAUUUAUAUAAAUAGUUUUUGAUUAAGUGUAUCGGAAAAUAGGUCCGUAAAAGUUGUGUCAAAAAGAGCGUGUCCUUUGUUUGGACUGAAAAGUGUUUAUGGAGUGUGUUUGCCUAAUUGAAUGGUAGAAAAAUGAACUGAAUAUAGAACAUAUAUUUGGUAGCUGAUGUUGCACUAUGCCGACAACAUGCGGAUUUCCUAAUUGCAAAUUCCGUUCUCGCUACCGUGGAUCCGAAGACAAUCGCCAUUUUUACCGUGUCCCAAAGAAACCUGCAAUUUUAAGAGAGAAGUGGUUAAUCGCAAUUGGACGCACAGAAGAAACUAUAGUUAAUCAGGUUUACUCCCCCAUCGUGCUGUUGUAAAAAGCGCUGUUACUCCCACCGAACUACAGAUCAUUAAAAAGAUUUGACACCAUAUAAGCUACGAGUCUGUAGUGGACAUUUUCACGGAGGCGAAAAGAAAGAGGGGGAAAUUCCGGUUGCAGAUCCCGAAGUUGAUCCUCAGAAGAAAAUAGAGCUACCUCCACAGUUGCCAAAACACGCUGAAAGACGAAGAAAUAAUUGUCUUCGAAGAAAACUGCCUCAGAUUAUACCAGAAAAUAACAAUUACAAAGAAACUAUACUGCCACCAAAAAUGGCUAACAGACCAAUGCCCAAUGGUCCAGCACACCCACGCCCCCUUGUGGCGUUAUUAGAUGGACGAGAUUGUUCAGUAGAAAUGCCGAUAUUAAAAGAUGUCGCCACAGUCGCCUUUUGCGAUGCGCAAUCUACAACAGAAAUUCAUGAGAAAGUGUUGAACGAAGCAGUAGGGGCCAUGUUGUACCAUCAUAUCACACUAGCCCGGGAAGACCUUAAGAAGUUUAAAAAUCUACGUGUCGUUGUUCGACUCGGGACGGGGGUGGAUAACAUUGACAUAAAGGCAGCUGGGGAGCUAGGUGUUGCUGUGUGUAAUAUUCCGGGUUACGGUGUGGAAGAAGUUGCCGAUUCUACCCUCUGCCUCAUUCUGAACUUAUACCGUCGUACCUACUGGCUCGCAAACCUCGUGAAGGAGGGCAAAAAAAUAUGUGGCCCAGAGCAGCUACGGGAAGCUGCGCAAGGUUCAGCCCGUAUCCGUGGUGACACAUUAGGCAUUGUGGGUCUCGGUCGUGUUGGAACAGCUGUUGCCCUAAGAGCGAAGGUAUUUGGGUUUAAUGUGAUAUUCUACGACCCCUACUUGCAGGACGGCAUUGAAAAAUCACUAGGUAUUACGCGGGUGUACACUCUCCAGGACCUGUUGUUCCAGAGCGACUGUGUUUCCCUCCACUGUAAUCUAAAUGAACACAAUCACCACCUCAUAAACGACUAUACCAUCAAACAAAUGAGACCAGGAGCCUUUCUUAUUAACACAGCCCGUGGGGGUCUAGUGGAUGAACAGGCAUUAGCCUCUGCCCUCAAAGAUGGCCGCAUCAGGGCAGCUGCUUGUGACGUCCAUGAAAACGAGCCAUUUAGUUUUGCAAAUAGCCCAUUAAAAGAUUGUCCUAACCUCAUCUGUACACCUCACAGUAGUUUCUAUAGUGACCAGAGUAUAACGGAACUCCGGGAAAUGGCCGCAGGGGAAGUACGACGUGCAAUUGUUGGCCGUAUGCCAGAGAGCUUACGCAACUGUGUCAAUAAAGAAUAUCUGACGGGUACCGCGGUGAAAGGUAACAACAGAUAUGACAGUAUGAAUGGGGCACCCCCUGGAUAUAACUACAACCCGAUUCCCGGUGUACACUCCACGACGGAUGCCCACCCGCCACUCUCCGUUCAUUCUACAGCCCCCCACAGCACGCUUCCGGAGUCUACCCCCAAUAACCACUUGCCAAUGCCUAAGGCAGAACAAAGUUCUGAAGUUCACUAGCCUCAUUCUGAGUGGUGGCCAUCUUGGAUUCAGCCAUCUUGGAUUUCUCAGAUUAACUGGUUAUUAUAUUAUCUAGUGGGGGUGGUUCCAGUGAAAGGAACAGCCAUGUACAAAGCCAGUGCAUUGCAAACAGGAUCAGGAAACAGAUAUAUAAACAAACAGUUUAAAAGCUAAGACAGUAAACAGUGAAAGCAACAGACAUAAAUCGAGAAAACGGGGCGCAAGAAAGGAUUGAAGCCAUGUAGAACUUGUGCUCAGUACAUGUAGAUUAGAAGAGGUAUACCCAACAGCCCUUUUGAAAAAUCUCAUGGAGGUUUUGGAAUUCCCUCAUUUUCUCCAAUACUAGAAGAUAUGAUUGCUUCUGCACACUUAUUUUAUAGAAUGCCAAACCUUUUCACUCUUCCGUAUAGUGAUGCAUCCAUUUCAGUUGCUUCAGUCUUGUAAGGGAAUAUGAGACAACCAUGAGAUUUUUGUAAGGGAGAUGAUAUUGUAUUUGCAACGUUUUGUGAACACAACAUGAUGUAAGUUAUAUAAUGUAGAUUUUGAUAUGGACAUUAUACACAAAGUAAUAUUCAAUUUGCCAGACACGUGACGUUAUACAUGUUUCUCUGUUAAUUUUUUCACUUCUAAUUCUGUUCACUCAAUGUUCAUUUCUUAAACAUGCAUGUCUGUGUGGGAUUCAUUUUGGAGGUGAUUUUUAAAAAAUUCAGAAAAUAAACGUUUUUCAUCCAAUCGUGAACAUGUUGGCGAACGUUUGUGUAUUUUGUGCAUUGUGUUUUCACAGUUUUAAAAAUGAUGGAGAUAACCUUCCAAUGUCUCCACAGUCAUGCAGUUGUAAUGCUGUAAUUAUUUCCCAUUUUCAUAUCAGUGAAAGAAAUUGUGCUAUGUAAAAACUUCACACAAAAAAAGCGUUUAGUUUUCCAUGUUAUUAAAUGAUGAGUUACUUUUCAUACACCUAACGUACAUAGUUCUCUGUAAAUGUACCUUGAUAAUAAUCAUUAGCAUUUUCACUAUUAACUAGUAUGAUUUCAUUCAGCAAAACAUUUUGAUAUUAGUUUAAGGUAGAAACACCAAAGAUAGUAGGCUAUAAUAAACAAAGAUAGUAGUUAAAUAAAAACAAAUGUCUAGCUGAUCAAACCAUCUGCGGACAACAGAAACUGCAUUAUUUGUUUGUGUAUGGUCUUACGCAGCAUUUGGUUUUGCGGGAGGUUUGAUCGGCUGGAUUUUGUAUGUGUAUUUUUCUAAACAACGGGUGAUUGGUUAUAGAAUUGUCUAUUGAAACAUUAAUUUUUUGCAUUCGUUAUCUGGAUAUGUUUAAUGUGAAUUUCAUGGUAACUUUUUUGAAAUUCAAUGGUAAUUACUUAAUAUAUCACU